AUGGCAGCCCCAACUGCACGCCUGCCUGAACCGGACCGCCGCACCUCCCUCGGCUUCCUUCGUCGUUCUAAAUCCACCGAACCUCUCGGCGAACGCAAGUCGUCUGGUUCCCGCCGGAAGAAGACUGCCAUGGAAGACGAGAUGCGCCGUCAGCGCGAGUCUUACGCCCCCAAAGUCCCUCCCCGCUUGCCUGAUUUCUCCCCCGCUCCCGAGCUGGAAACCUUUGGCGGCGAAGAACGCGAUAAGAUCGACCCUGCUCCCAUCUCUCGCCCCCAGUCCGGUUUCGCCGCUUCGCCCACCAUGACCGGUUCAAUUACCAAUGUGAUUGAUCCCUACGCCCGCACGGAGAGCAUGACCCAUCGCGGCCGUUACAGCUACGCCAGCACCAACAGCACCGUCAACAGCCCACGCCGUGUGCGCCGUCGCAAGGACCCCACCUCCUACAAUGUCCUCGUCAUCGGAGCCCGGAACUCGGGCAAGACUUCGUUCUUGAACUUCCUCCGCUCGGCGCUCACCAUGCCCGCUCACAAGCACCCAUCACGCAGCCCGGAAGAGAUCGAGGAACUGGAGCGUCAGACUUCGGCUUGGGAAGGCUUCACCUCGCAGUACCUCGAGACCGAAUUCGAUGGAGAACGUGUUGGACUGACCCUGUGGGACUCGGUGGGUCUGGAGCGCAACAUCGUCGAUCUGCAGCUGCGGGGCGUUACAGGUUUCCUGGAGAGCAAGUUUGAGGAGACCCUCGCCGAGGAGAUGAAGGUUAUUCGUUCCCCCGGUGCCCGCGACACUCACAUCCACUGUACCUUCCUCCUGCUGGACCCCGUCCGUCUCGACGAGAACAUCGCCGCCGCCGAGCGUGCUGCGAAGGGGACCCCCAACGCCUCGGAUAAGCCUAUCUGUGGCGUUUUGGACUCUGACCUGGAUCUGCAGGUCUUGCGCACGGUGCUGGGGAAGACCACCGUUGUGCCGGUCAUCAGCAAGGCGGACACCAUUACUUCGGCUCACAUGCAGUAUCUCCGCAAGGCGGUUUGGAACAGCUUGAAGCAGGCCAACAUCGACCCCCUGGAGAUUUUGACAUUGGAGGAUCAAGAGGAGUACAGUUCUUCGGAGAGUGCCGACGAGGAUGAGGAAACAGGCGCCAAUGGUGAACCUACCAGCCCGGACACCGCCACGGAGGCAAAGAUUCCCAGAUCGCCCUCGCAGCUGAGCGAAGGCACCCGCAGCCAGGCCGCGAACCAGCACGUUCCCUUCUCCAUCCUGUCGCCCGACCCGCACUCCCUCGCUGCGGGUGACCAACCCGUGGGACGACGAUUCCCCUGGGGAUUCGCAGACCCUUACGAUGCCGAGCAUUGUGACUUUGUGCGCCUGAAGGACUCCGUCUUUUCCGACUGGCGCUCCGAACUGCGGGAGGCCAGCCGCGUGAUCUGGUACGAGCGCUGGAGAACCAACCGCCUCAACCGCAAUGGACAGCCGGUGCCUCAGAAGCAGCAAAACUACGGUGGCCGCAUGGGUCCAGGUGAUGGUCGUCGCACUCGUUAA